UGGUCACUAGUCCAUAGUCACUGGUCACUAGUCCAUAGUCUAUCUCGGGAGUGAACAAGAGCAGCUACAAUCCUACAUUCAGUGGGACCAUGGAGAAUGAACACAGGAUUUGGAUCACAGCAGCACAAAAAAGGAAUUUGGAGGAGACAGAGCAAUGGAAUGUUUUUUUUGAAUAAGAACAUCUACUGGAAUAAAAACAAUUGUGUCACCCUAAUUGUAAUAGAACCCCAGACUUUAAUGUCCGUCUACAGUACUACACCGGAGGUCAGCUGAUCUCGAUCGGUUCCACGUUUAUUUUAGCGCAGAUAUAAAUAAAUACAAUACGUAUUCCUGUAAUAUGUAAUCUUUAUGACCGGGAUAAAUAAGGAACAUAAAAGUACGCCGAUAUCGCCACUCAUAAGAGGUGAAAUCCUGACGCUAGUUAUUGGAAGGGAUGGAAUUUGAUGGGGACGAGUCGUCUCCCGGGAUAAUUAAUGUUACUUGUCAGAAAUCGUAUAAAUAGAACUAAACUUUUUAUUUUUUUGAUGUUGGCUGCCAUGAAGAAUACACAGAAGAUCCUGGUUUCACCCUGCAAGUGUACAGCUGGAUUCUACCCAGAAUCCUCCAGUGCCAGGAACUCUUGCUGCCACGUCCCCCGAGGCUGGUACCUGACAUUAGAGCGCGGGGUAAGAAGGAAAAGCCGGUUCCCAGAGUCACAGCCAGGACAGGUGCAGCCUGAGCAGUAGGAACUUGCCGUCUACACUCCAACAAGCCGAGCCGAGCGAACAAGCCUCGCAGCGCUUGUCAUAACACUGUGAGAAUAGUCUCUCUGUCUGAAUCCCGGAGUUCCUUUCAGAUCAAACCGAGAGCUGGAAAUGUCACAGUGGUGAUCUCUCACCUGCGGUAGCAGGAAACAACUACCAGCAGGAACCUCUGCCAAACCCAACAGGAACAAUGUGCCCUACUGUACAAAUAGGAAACCCAUGAAAUGGAAAAUUAAAACGCUGAGAACAUCUUCAGAGAAAGUAAAAAAGCGAAAAAUAAUUCCCAAUACCCAAAUAUUAGAGAUUUUUCUGAAUGUUUCACCUUUCUUAAUGGAAAAAUGGUCACCCCCACUACUGUGGUGACAACACAGAGGUCAUAAAAAUCAGUCACAACUACACAAUUCCACCAGAUAACAUGAUCUGAAUGAAUGGUUUCUCCCCCCCCCCCCCCCCCAUGUUUCUGUGUCUUUCUUUUAGCCUUCUUCACCAUGACCUGUCUUAUUAUGCUUUAUGUUUGGUCCCCAAGAACUCCUCCACACAAGGCCAAGAACUCCUCCACACAAGGCCAAGAACUCCUCCACACAAGGCCAAGAACGCCUCCACACAGGGCCAAGAACUCCUCCACACAAGGCCAAGAACUCAUCCACACAAGGCCAAGAACUCCUCCACACAAGGCCAAGAACUCCUCCACACAAGGCCAAGAACUCCUCCACACAAGGCCAAGAACUCCUCCACACAAGGCCAAGAACUUCUUCACACAAGGCCAAGAACUCCUCCACACAAGGCCAAGAACUCCUCCACACAAGGCCAAGAACUCCUCCACACAAGGCCAAGAACUCCUCCACACAAGGCCAAGAACUCCUCCACACAAGGCCAAGAACUCCUCCACACAAGGCCAAGAACGCCUAUACACAAGGCCAAGAACGCCUCCACACAAGGCCAAGAACACCUCCACACAAGGCCAAGAAUGCCUCCACACAAGGCCAAGAACGCCUCCACACAAGGUCAAGAACUCAACUCCUCCACACAAGGCCAAGAACUCCUCCACACAAGGCCAAGAACGCCUAUACACAAGGCCAAGAACGCCUCCACACAAGGCCAAGAACACCUCCACACAAGGCCAAGAAUGCCUCCACACAAGGCCAAGAACGCCUCUACACAAGGCCAAGAACGCAUCCACACAAGGCCAAGAACUCAUCCACAGAAGCCCAUGGUUUACACACACUGCAUUGAUGAUAGGCAAAAAGCCAGAAACGGCUGUUAGCAAUUUGUAAUAAAUUACUCGAAAAUAUUAGGCCCCAUUUACACGUGCAAACUGGGCCAUUUGAGAUUAGCUGUGGGAGACUCAGCAGGGUUUGCUGUGAGAGGAAAACCCUAUUGAAAGAAAUUGGAGGUCCCCCACACACCUAUU